CUAUAAUUAACAGCCCCGCUGUCCAAAUCUGGGUCAGUAGAUCGAAGUUUGAAGGAACGCGGGCACGCAGUGCAAGAAAUGGACGCACGAGACCCGGAGACUGGCGACUGGAGUCUGGAUUUGACCGGCAACGGAUGGCGCCCUGGUUCCCGGAGCCAGGGAAAGUCGGGUCCACAUCCCGGCGGGUGGACCGACGCGACCGGACUCGGGGGUUGCGCUUCUCGAUCCUUUGCCAGGGAAGCUCGGAUGAGGUUGGAUUUUUUAAAGUUGGGAUCCACUUGUCAAGUUUCCUCCGCUGGCAAGGAUGCGACUGGUGACGCAAAGGAAAAAGAGCCUGGAAGGCGAACAGUUUUGGACUUAGUGGAGCUCCUCCAAUUACACGACGAUGCCGAGGACGACGAGAGCUGGCUCUACGAGGCUCCCAAAAGGCGGACGUCGGCCGACGGGUCGCCUCUCAGGUGGUGUCGGCGGGUCUUGGACAAUCCGAGUCCCGAGACCGAGGCGGCGUCGCCUUUGCUUGCGGAUAAACUCAAUCAAGAAUCGAGGAGUUCCUACACAAGCGACUUUUCCAGACAGCCGGCAGUGCAGGAUGCCGCUGACGGCGCCUCGCUGGAUCCUUGUGACGGCCGAACAACACGAGAAAACUCCGACAUUUUUGCAGGUUCACGACGGGACCGCAUCUCCGUCCCCGAGAGAAAAAGUUUGGAGCCACAAGUUGGACUUCGUCAGCAAGUCAGCCAGCUCAAGUUGCUCAAAAUCCAGCCAGGACCGAGUCCCCCUUGCGGACCAGCCUCCGUUCCCCUGCGGGCUCUGAGGAACAGUCGAAGUCUGGACACGGACGACGGCGUGACGGCUCAUCAGACACCCGCCGCGGAUCUUCCGUCAGGUUCGGAGGAAACGAUCAAAACCGCAGCUCGGCGUGGAUCGCUGUCACUUGCUUCGGGGCUGACCGGCCCAAUAACCUCGAUCGGGAUCACCCCGAUGUGCCCGCCUGCCUUACUUUUCCAAAUUCAUGAAUCACACAGAACUAUUUGGUAGUUUUUGCUUCAACUUGCUCCCAGACAAUCAAUCAAACUAACUCGAUAGCCCGCAGCGAUCGGUCGACUUUUGGCGCAAGCGUCCCGAAUCUUGACGUCUUCCAGAAGCAUCCGGCAAGUCAUCGCACCGGGCGAGGGGCUCGUCGUCGGUCCGGGAGACGGCCACGGGGGACGCGCAGAGGUCUCAGUCGCUCAGCCCCCGGAGGAUCCCUCGGCGCG